AAGCGUGACGUGGCCUAUAUGCAGUCGAUGCCCUCAAGCAACGGUUGAGAUUGAGUGUGAGGGUUGACACCUAUUGUUUAUCUUCGACACUCAGUUCCCACCUUUCUUUCUCAGUCACACACACUCACCCGUGUGAACUCAACUCCAAAUAACUCUCUCUCAACUCUCUUGUUUCUGUUAUCUCUCCAUGAACUUUUUCUAACACAAGAGGAGAAGAACAAAACAUGUUGCUUAUGAGAAGAACUACGAGCAUGAGUGGUGGCAUGGCCGUCGAAACGCGUGAGGAAGUCAUGUCUGAAUCCUUGACCCUUCAACAUGACGAGGGUAACAAUAACAUCAAAUAUUCACAUGUUGUUGCCACGGCAACACAAAAAGAAGUGCUGGAUAACCACACCAUAAAUGUUUUUGAGGCCAAAGAAUCAUAUGAAUAUGCUGACCAACGUUUGAUGGGCAUGCCUCUUUCUCCCACAUCAACAAAUAUUCAUCGUUAUACUCACAACCAUACAAACACUAACAUACACACUUCUUCUCACUUUCUUCGGACUUGCGACCUCUGUAGGUCUCGUUUGGCACCUGGUCGAGACAUCUAUAUGUAUAGGGGGGAUACAGCAUUUUGCAGUUUGGAGUGUAGAGAGAAGCAGAUGAAGCAAGACCAGAGAAAGGAAAAGUGGAAGGCGGGGGGCAACAAGGAACACCGCCGUGCAGCGGCGGCGGGUGCCGCCGGAAAAGCUUCAACGAAAAGUGAAACGGCUGCUUGUAAUUGAAGGGUUGCAAAGGUAAUUAAUUGUAAGGUGAAAUAUUAUAUGUAUGUGUUGAGGAGAAAAUGAAGAAAAAGGCCAAGCUAGCUAACUCGUGUAUCAUGUGAACUUACGACGAGGAUACCCUAUAUCUUGCGUUGUCCCUCUCAUCGUCAUCCAUAUAUGCUUGUUAAUUUCACGCCUAUGCUAGUACCUCUUAUUGACAUAAUUCUGCUGGGAAAUUGUACAAAAGAUCUCCUUCUUGUAUUGCCUGUGUGAAUCUAAAAUUUCCCAUAUAUCUAUAUCUAUCUAUGUUAUUCAUCU